GUUAAUGGAGUACAGAUUUCCCCCUCUGUUUGCAGACCGGCACACACCGGUUCGACUUAUCUCUUGUCUUUAUGUUGUAGCUUUGCCUGGCUGUGCCAUGCACCUGCUGUCAAAGUGCCUCUACUGCUAGUGUUGGCUAGCUGUAUCCCGGUGGACUGUAUGUCUUCCGAUAAUGGUUGCUAACACAGCCCUACCCAGUGACAGUUAACACGAACUGUAGCCGCUGAAGACAAUGGGGCUAUCGCAGAGCUCGCUCCUGUCGGACGGUGGAAGUAACAGCGGAUAUCAUGUUCACGGAGUUCAAGCAGACUCGCCUGCACUGAAGGCUGGUCUGGAGCCUUUCUUUGACUUCAUUCUCUCCAUAGGGAACACCAGACUUAAUAAGGAGAGUGACCUGUUGAGGGAUCUACUGAAGGCCAAUGUGGAGAAAGCAGUCAAGCUUGAAGUGUACAGCUCCAAAACGCAGCGUGUGAGGGAGCUGGAGGUGACACCCAGCAACAUGUGGGGUGGUCAGGGGUUGCUGGGCGCCAGCGUUCGCUUCUGCAGCUUUGAGGGAGCCAACGAGAAUGUGUGGCAUGUGUUGGACGUGGAAGGAAAUUCUCCCGCUGCACUUGCUGGCCUUAUUGCGCAUGACGACUUCAUUGUCGGAGCUGACCAAGUGUUACAAGAUUCAGAAGAUUUCUUCUCCUUGAUUGAAGCCAACGAGGGGAAGCCUUUAAAGCUGUUAGUUUAUAACACGCGGACCGAUCAGUGCAGGGAGACCGCAGUGACCCCCAACGGUGCCUGGGGAGGAGAAGGGAGUUUAGGCUGUGGUAUCGGCUACGGCUAUCUGCACAGGAUCCCAUCUCGCCCAGUUCUCCCAGAUGUCCAGAACAGAAGUGUUCCUCAACCAGCAGUUCCAGGCAGCAGGAACAUGAUGACCUUAUCUGGUCACAGCGAGGUGCCCCCAGUGACUGAAAGUAUCUCUACUAAUGGAGCAGGUUUAACUGAAACUAAAGGAGUUGUUCUCAAUCUGAGGGAAAUCCCACCAACACAGGAGUCUGCAGACAUCUCCUGGACUCCUGGAGCCAGCAUCUCAGAUUUACCCGAAGCCGUUUCCACCAAUGAUGAAAGCCACAGCUCAAUGUUUGCUAAUUAUGGAGAUAACACGCAUGACCAAUGUAGCUUGGAUGAUUCACUAUUUGACCUAAAGCCUUUAUCUCAAGAGAUGGAGGAAGAAGAAGACACUCAACAAACACAGCAAGAGAGCGUUUUAAAUCUGAGCAGCAGCCCCAGCGAGGAUGCAGAUGAUGCCGCUGCCCUCAAGGAUACCACAGAGAGCUUACGGACCAUCCCAGAGAUGCAGGAUCCUAACCUGGAAGUUUUCAGCUCAGGCGAUCUCUUAGAGCAGGAGAUGGUUGAGCCCGAUAUGUCAGGCAGUUAAAUAGCUGCCUUAAGAGAUUGAGGUGCAGAUAGAGAAUAAAGAACACACUGUGAUGGAGAAAAUA